CAACUACAGCAUCACUACGAUCACAGCUAGCAACUAAUUCGCACCUUAUGUUUGGACAUAGCCGACAUUCGUUACAACACGUUUGCUAACGCUAGCACAUAUUAUAACCGCCUUUUGCGCGACCGGAUCCCAGCAAACCGCGAUUGUUGUCUCGAGCAGUCUUCCCUUAUAUCGCAUCAACUUGAGAAAUCUAGUUGAAAAAACUUCGUCUCCUGGUACGAUCCAAAGGGAAAUCGCGCGACCAGUCACAGAGCGCGCAAUGGCGACAGCAUCCCCGACGCCCGUAGGAUACAAUGGCGUCGGCCGUAUGCGCUCGUCGUCGAUGAUCCGACCUAUGCACCGAAGAGAUUCUCCACUUUCUGCCCUGGGUCAAUCGCAUGGUUUUGCUGCAAAUGCACCUAUGAUGCAGAACAUCGAUAUAGGAGAUAGCUCCGAUGACGAGAUCCCGCAACCAAUGAAGCUCAGCGCUUUGACGACGGCUCUACUGGCGCAGAACGAGGUCAACUCCCCCGAGAAGGCCGCAGGACGCAGACCAAAGCUUCGAAUAUCAAGGAAUGGGUCAGGCUCAAAUACCCCUGUGCAGGAUACUGUCACGCCCGCCCCGAGCUUAAGGAUAAAACGGGUUCCACUGAGGGGAGCACCCAUGAGGAGACUGAGACGAACACCACAGAGUGAGGAAGACCAUCCUCCAUCCCGGGAUCAAGAGAACCUUCCAAUGUCGGUGAUGAAGGCAGUGGAUCAAAAAGUACCCGAUUCAAUUAUGAAGGUUGCCGAUAUAAGCCCGCGCCAACCUCUGCAGCCACGUUCACCUAUCGAGAGGAAUGCCGGAAAUCGAGGGGCAGAUGAGAAACCUGAAAGACCUGCCCCCCUACAACCUAAAAGUACGAAUACACCUCAUAGACCCGCACCACCUCCACCGCCUCCCAAGAUGUCCGUUUUAGAGACUGCCACUGCUGCCGCCGGGGCAGCAACAACGAAGACACGAGAAAGAAAGAAGAGAAGUGUUUUCUCUGUAAACGGAAAGCAUUACUCGCAGAUGGAUCGCAUUGGAAGAGGUGGAAGCUCGGCGGUGUAUCGAGUUAUGGCUGAGAAUUACAAGCAAUUAGCCUUGAAACGAGUCAAGUUGGAGGACCAAGACGAGUCCGCUGUUCGUGGGUACAAGGGAGAAAUCGAUCUCCUGCGAAAGCUGAAUAACGUUGAAAGAGUGGUGCAAUUGUAUGACUGGGAGGUGGACGAGUCGCGGCAAAUCUUGAGCGUACUCAUGGAACUUGGAGAGUCCGAUUUAGCACAUGUGAUUCGUAUGAAACUUGAUUCUGAAGACGCCAGGUUGGACAUGAGUUUCACACGCUACUAUUGGAAAGAGAUGCUUGAGUGUGUACAAGCUGUACACGACCAUGACAUAGUCCACUCUGAUCUCAAACCUGCAAACUUUCUGCUCGUACGCGGACGUUUAAAGCUAAUCGAUUUCGGCAUCGCAAACGCUAUCGAUAUUGACAACACUGUGAACGUACACCGCGACUCUCACGUGGGAACGCCCAAUUAUAUGUCUCCUGAGAGCUUAGAAGAUACCAAUUCUGGGACGAGGGGUCAGCUUGGUUCUGGAAGCGCAGCGAAGAUGAUGAAGUUGGGGAAGCCGAGUGACGUCUGGAGUUUAGGCUGCAUCCUGUACCAAAUGGUCUACGGCAAACCACCAUUCGCCCACAUCGCCAAUCAGAUGGCCCGCGUCUUCAAAAUUAUCGACAGGAGCUAUAAUAUCGAAUAUCCAGAUUUUGGCAUUGGCGAUGUCAGGGUUCCUGCUGGGCUGAAGCAUACUCUGAGUCAAUGUCUCCAACGAAACCCUGCCGAUCGACCAACAAUUCCGCAACUACUUGGCGAACAAGAUCCCUUCCUAUACCCAGAGAAUGCAUCCAUGCCUCCUUCAGACGACGGGAAUGAUUUGCGUAUUCCAGAAGCUCUUCUUGGACAGAUCAUCCAGAAUGUUGCGAAACGUUUCCGCGAUACGAGCAAAGAACCUCCAACAGACGCAGAGAUCGAGGCGUAUCCCCAUCAAUUCUACGUGAAAAUACGACAGUUACUGGGCAAUGAACAACAAGUGGCGCCUCUAAGCCGGUAGCACCAAGUUCUGGUUUUGGUUUAAUUAUCCUCCACUGUUGGAAAUUCUUUUCAUUCUAACGACCACGACGUUGAUCGAGUGGAUUCCAUGAUCUUAUUCGGUUAGCAUUUCCUUCUUCAGUUUGAGUUUUUUAAUACCCUUGGAUUAGUGGGUGGUUCUUGGAAAAGCCCGGCGUUUCGCAGCGAAUUGGUUGCACAUGGCGCUUCAGUGCUAUUCUUUGUUUAAUGAAGUUGGAGGUGCUUCUUGUAUAUAUCCUGACAGUGCGGUCAACGUGGACCUAAAAAGCAGUCUGUUCACAUUCAAAAUG